UUGAGCGGUGGGCGCGCACGGCAGCUGUGACCCUGUGCGUGUUGGGGUCACUUGGCGACGUGAGGGCGGAGCAGCACAGCAGCAUCAGCACAGCCGGAAGCCGAAGAGAUCCAUCUGUAUCCAAGACUCUCUUUACUUCUAACUAAAAUAAGAUAAAUAAGCACCGACCACAAUACAUUAUACACUAUAAAGCGUGUUAACUCAGCUGGUAUUUACCGUAUAACCGAGACACUGUAUCAAAUCUGAGAUUUAAAAAUAAUAAUAAUAAUAAUUCAACGAAAACGGAGGCGCAGGCGGCCGGACGGGGGCGAAGGGGGCAGCGGGAGAGAUUUUGUUUCCCCGGCUGUUUGGCAAAGGAAAUAAAUAAAUAAAUAAGCCCAGAAACUGGAAGGACUCGGAGGAGCUAGGAGACCCGUGAUCUAACAUCUAUCACCUCGGAUAAGAGAAGGAAGCCACGCGUCUGGGUUGUUGUUUUUCUGUUUGUUUUCACAGAACUCGGGUUCUAACCCCCUCUUCGGUUUAUAUUUCUAACAGCAGCACCUCGAUAGUUCGCUUGUCUGCUUCUUUUGGAAAGUCGGACCACGGAGCUGCAUUGCCAUUUCUUUUUUCAUGUUGUUAUAAUUUCAGUUUUUUUUAAUUUUUAUUAUUAUUAUUAUUAUUUCUGGCAAUGAUAGCAGCAUUGCGGAAUGAGUCAAGUUGAAACAAAGUGAGAUCCUUUUUUUUUUAGUGCUUCUGCUCUUUCUAUGGCAAGAGUCGCGUUGUUAUUUUAAAUUAUAACAGUUCUUUUGUUUCUUGUUUUAGAUUGGUUAUUGUGGGUUGUAAAUGGAUUCUUCACACUCUCUCCCCUCCCCCCUUUGAUAACCCUUCCCCAGUUUACCCCCACCGCUGCGGCCUGAUUUCUCGGUUCGGUUUGGUCCAGGACCCGCAGGAUCACGCCGACCCCAGCACGCCUUGUACUUCGAAUCGACAUCCCAUAAUUAACUCAAGGAAGACACAUUCGUUCCCCUCACGUUUGUUUAGUCGGAUCUGUUCUAUUUUGGGGGACUUCGGAUCGAGUACGUCCAGACUGGCUCUUGGUCAGAUUUAACCCGAGUUUGCGGAUUAACCCGUUCUUAAUAAAUCUCCUGGACCGGGAUUUGCUUGGCCUGUUUGGGACUGAUCAAGGUCCAUUCCUCAUUAAGACUGCUUUUUUCCCCAGGGCUGCCACAACAUAAAUUGGGUUUCCGACUAAUACUAGUCAUCAGUGGAUGUAUUUCAGAAGUUGCGGUCCCGUUUAACUUCAUCGACUCAGCUGGGAACCGGAGCCUCCUGCACACAAUCACAGUCCGAGGCCAUCUCAGCAUCCGAGAUUCCGACUGAUUUCUAUUAGUCCCAGUGUCGCCCCGGUCCGGCUGUACUGCAGUAUGGCUCAGCAGCAGAUGCCCAGCUCGCAGAAAGCGCUGAUGUUGGAGCUCAAGUCUCUGCAGGAGGAGCCGGUGGAGGGGUUCCGCAUAACCCUAGUGGAGGAGUCCGAUCUUUACAACUGGGAGGUGGCGAUCUUUGGGCCCCCCAACACACUGUACGAGGGGGGCUAUUUUAAGGCUCAUAUUAAGUUCCCGAUGGACUAUCCCUACUCCCCUCCCACCUUCAGGUUCCUCACCAAGAUGUGGCAUCCUAAUAUCUACGAGAACGGAGAUGUGUGCAUCUCGAUCCUUCACCCCCCUGUGGACGACCCUCAAAGCGGAGAGCUGCCCUCCGAGAGGUGGAACCCCACCCAGAACGUCAGGACCAUCCUGCUGAGCGUCAUCUCCCUGCUUAAUGAGCCCAACACCUUCUCUCCUGCCAACGUGGACGCCUCGGUCAUGUUCCGCAAGUGGAGAGACAGCAAAGGGAAGGACAAGGAGUACGCUGAGAUCAUUAGGAAGCAGGUCCUAGCCACCAAGGCAGAGGCUGAGAAGGAUGGUGUGAAGGUGCCCACCACGCUGGCAGAGUACUGCAUCCAGACCAAAGUGCCUUCCCACGACAGCAGCUCGGACCUGCUGUACGACGACCUGUACGAUGAUGACAUAGAGGAGGAGGAGGAGGAUGAGGACGGGGAGUGCGGGGGGGGUGCCGAGGAGGGUGACUGCUACGAGGACGACGACGACUCUGGGAACGAGGAGUCCUGACCGCCCCCCCCCAACCCGAAACAGCCCACUCAUCCAUCCGCUCAUCUGUCUGUCUCUCCGCCCGUCCAACGCACACACACACACACACACACACACACACACACACACACACACAAGCUGAAAAAGAGCAGGCAAUGCAACAAGCAAAACCGCCAGUGCAAACAAUUCAGAUGAACCCCCGCAGCUUGUAAUCCAAUCCCAGUUUAUUUCUAAUUUAACAGACCUCCUCUCCACGGUGCUCUGGAGUAGGAGAAUAGGGGAUGCGAGGCAGUGGGGUGAAGAGGAGCACUGUUGGGGUUAAAAAAUAUUCAGAAUUUGAAUUCAGUAGCGGUUAUUAAUAACAAGUAACUUGCCCACUCUGUGCUGUUUCCUGUUGUGUGGCUUUUACCAGUUGCUCCUUUUUUAUGGACUUUUGAUUUAAAUUUUAAAAAAGAAACACACACCUCAUUACUCUUCACCCAUUAUUGUACAGAGUGUGUAACUCCCGGCUCCCGAACAAAAUGAAAUUCUCUUGCAAACAGCCUGGUUUUUCUUUUUUUUCUUUUUAAAUGUUUGUGGUACAGUACAAUAGAAAAUCAAAACCUCUUUUUAAGGGUACUCCCUUGUCCCAUUUCCUUGCCCUUUUCAGCAGAUUUCUGCCCUGUCAGGUACCAACCAGUAAUCAUGAAUUUAAGCAACCUACAGGUAGGGAGACUGUGGCUAAAAUGAGCUCCCCUUUAAAAUACGUUUUCAGUUUUGAUAAUAAAGGGGUUGAUUACUGGUACUUUUUUUUUUUUUUUAAGAGGAUUUCAGUGGGGUUUUUUUUUUAAGGAAGGUCAAUUCAGAGUUUGCUGCAUGGCCCAACCUACAGCACAGGCCAUCCCAUAGUUGAAGGUCUUCUGAACUUGUUACAGAAAGGAAUUUGGUCAACACAGACCCAUACUGAAUAGAGACUAGCAAAGUAAUUACUGCAGUGGCAUGUCAACAGCCUGACUGGUAAAUUCCACUGUUGGCUUUUAUUCAGGUAGAAAGAUUAAAACUAACUUGGCAUGAACCCUACUUUGUGUGCAGUUGAUAGUCUGGCAUAGAUAGAGGCUUCCCUUGAUAAUACAGUACUGGCUAGCAGGGCUAUGUAACCUCUUCUAUGUCUCUGGGAGUACAGACGUGCAAAACACACUACAAGCCAUCCUGGUUAACAACAGCUUCUUAUGCCACGACAUUUCAAGGGUCUUUACUGAGGAAAUACACAGCCACAGAUUCUGCAGAGACAUUUUACUUAUUAACAGAGGAGUGGAGAGGGCUCCCUGAUAACCCUGUGCAGAGGGUUCCACAGAAAUGUGCUUCAAGGCUAAAACAAAGUGUGGCAUGCUUAGGACUGAAAUAACAAGGAGGUCGGCACCAGGUGAACCUCAUUGGGGCUUGGAGAAUGAAGGGUGUCCCAAGACAGUCCAAGAAAGAUAUCUUGGACCAAGGCACAUGGACAGCUAACCAGACUAUUUUAGAUGCUGCGUUUGGAGUAGAGGAUAUCCCUUCUCUAGCUACAGUCACAGGCUUUCUGCGAGACACACGACCGCUGUUUGUGAUAGAAAACCAGAUCAUCAUUUUUAGGGUUAAUUGAAAUUACGAGCGAUCAUACCUUUUAAUGACGUAUGGUGCUUGUUUAGGAUGCUGCCAUGUGUCCUAGUUGGCAUUGUGCAGACACUCUCAGCUUGUGCCUGCAUCAACCAGCUUUAUAAAUAUGGCAGCAUGUUCGUGCUUCUGCAUGCAGCGGAGGCUGAGGAAUCCUGGAAAACAGAGAGCCCCUACUCCUGUUCUAUGAGCUGGCAGCUCUCCAGAGCUGGGGCACAGUUUGAUGGCUGCUCACGAUUGCUCUGUUGCAAACACGUGUCAUUUCAGUGGGGAGCCUGUUUGUGGUAGCAGUGUCUGAGGAUUGCUGCAAUUGGGUAAAGCAGGACUGGACACUCUAUAUGGAUUUCUUUGUGUGUUUAGUUAUGUAACCUGUACAGGUAGCAUCCCUCCCCCAAGUUGAAUCCCACUCCACAGUUGAAAUGACAUGCCUCACUGUGGCCCGCAGAUAAGUCUUCUUUGAGACUGUGGAAGAGACCCAACCAAUUCCUAGCACAUGUUUUGAAGUUUUUCUGGAAUUAUCAGUGCUAGAAAUUGUUUUUUUUAAAUGUUAUUCUGCUGUAUGGUAGUUAUGGUAUGUUCUCUUACUAUACUUCAGGCUGCAUUCAUUAAACAUUAGUGGGCUAUUAAAUGCAUAGAGGCUUCAAUGUGUUUACUGGGACGCUUUUAGAAAUGACUUGUGCAUUACCUAGAAGUUCUGGAAAAUUGGGUCAUGUGGAACAGUCCAUCCACCUCAAGGUUACUAUGGUAGAAGUGUCUGACAAUGUGCCAUACUACUGCUGCACAGAUAAAUAACAUCUCAACAAACCGCUGCAAACGUCCUGGUCUUGAAGUGAGGUUAUGUUUCCAUGUUCCUCAAAUCUCAUUCCCAUUUAUACGCUUUGUCAAGCAAUCAGGAUAUUUCUGGUAUGGUGUACAGUGCCAAAAAUAUCCACCAGCUGUCUGACUAGGUGUACUGUCUGUAUUAUUUGAAACCUCAGUGCUUUUGGACAGGUGUGUGGAAACUGCAUUAGUUUAGCUCCUGACUCUUUGAAUUGGUUUGAGCUGAGAAGUGGGGGUGGUGUGACCUGGCUUCUACCCCACUGUAGACACUCCUGUAUGUAAGCUCCCCAUAGUAAAAACAUAGAACAGUUUAAUAAAGCGUGGUAGAACAUAGGUAAGCACUGUAAAAAAUAAUGAGGUAUGGUAAAGCAUAUUCAUAAACUGUGGGAAAUGCAUAGUAUAACAAUGGGAAAUCUGCACAAAUACCAUGGUGAACUUUUAUAAGAGCUGAUUUGGAGUGUGACCCUGAGUGAAUUGGUUCACCUUCCUUUUACUUCAGUAAUGUACACAUGUGUGUAAUAAUGCAGUAUAGAGCAGGCUUUCUAAAGCUGAUUCUCCCUCACUGCUUCAAAUCUAAACCAUGCUACCCAGAGCCAUGUAAUCAUAUACAGCCUGCCAAAGUGCAAGGUCAGAGUAGUAGAAGCUAGGCCAGCUGGUCAGCUGACGUCCUCUCCGUGUUUCAGAACUGAUUGCCAAGGCUUUUCUGCUUCUGAUUUGCAAAAUAAAUGUAAGACUGUGUGUGCAAUUGCACCUCUACUAAGCAGUUCGGUUCGGUGUGCUUGUCUAGCUCCUUUAAAGGGAUUAGGGGUGGGGCACAUCUGUUACUGAAGGGAUGGCCAUUUUAAUUUUCUGCAGCUCGACAUUCAAGAAGUUUGUAUGUUUGAUCCAUUAUUGAGAUGGGCUGCCUUAACAGUGCAUAUGUCCCCAGUUCCUCAUGUGUUAGUAUUAAAAGUUUUAAGGAUGUGUUGCCUACCUUUUUAGUUUGAUUCUAUACAACACUGUAGAACAGUUGAUGUUUGGUGGACAUUACCCAGCUGACCGCUGUGAUUUGCUGUCAUUUGGAGACUUGUUACAACCCCUUAACCUGUCUGCCCCAUGUUAUCAUGGACGUGUUUGCAUGUUGCUUUACAAAUACAGUAUCCCAUUUCUAAACAUGGCAACGCUGAGACCCCCUGGAGGAUACCCUCGCAACUGCAGCUUUGAGCACGUUUUUCAUGUUAUACAAUAGAGCACCAUCUAGGCAGAUUUCACCAGGCUGCCGCUACUGCAGCUCUGUUCAAAGUGUCUGUGGUGAAACAUGCACACACCAGUAGCAGCAUCCAAUACAUUGUUUUUUAUUCAAAAAAAUGAAACUCUGAAUAUCGUGGCUUCUGUUUAAUUAAAAUGGCAUUUUCGCUUGGCGCUGCUAGUUUUUGAAAGAGAAUUUAAAUGUUUCUUAAAAGAAUGGGUUAUUUGUAGAUGCCUACUGAAAUUCUCUUAUCCCAUAUAAGAGUACAGUGAUAUUUCAGUAUUCCUGAUUAUGAAUCUGCAUCUAUCCAUCUGUUUUGGUAUAAAGCAGGCAUGCAUAGUUGGAGGGGCUGAGCUGAUGAUCGGAAGUAGUUUUAAUAAUUAUAAUUCUGUUUUGUCAUUUUUGACCAAAAGAUUAGUCUUGUGUUUCCAUUAGGCAUUAGGAUGAGUGUCAGUAAGGCCUGGAUUUUGCCCCAGAAUAUUGAUUUAAAAAUUCCUACAGCAUGAAAGCUAUGGUAUAAACUGGAGUUUAUGGUACUGCAGUAUAUUUCCACCUGUGUAUAACUGGGUUUGAAGCGAAGGCCAUUUUGGACUCGGUUGUGAGGUUUGAAACAAAUAUUUCACCGAAUUCCCAAACGGUCUCUUUGCAUGCUAGCUUUGAAGCUCGCUUUGUGGGAAUAUUCAGGCUUUCUGUUUCACAAAUAUUUGCCGUUGCCCCCUGAAUAUAGGUUUUAAAGUCCCAACACAAAUUGACAGUGUGGGUUACUACACAAGUAUUGACAAUUUCAAAAGUGAUACGACUGGCUGUCACGUCCCACGACGACUGUGUAAAGAGUGCAGCCUGUCUGAAUGUGAGCAGGUAUGCUGGCUAUGGCAAAGGGCUGACCCUGUGCUGUGUCAUUUUCUUAAGCUGUCUCUGGACAGCAGCUUGAUGUGUUUUUUUUUUUUUUUCAAAUGUACCUUUUACUAUGUUCUUUUUUUCUGAACAGGAGCCAUAAAAGCCCAACCCAGCCUGUGUGUGUUUGGGUUUUAUUUUCUCUAAAGUGGUAUCUUUUUCCCAGGUCAAUGUGUCACUCUUGUGCUGUGUCUGUGGUGCUGCAGCUGUUAAUCGGAUUUGGCUCGGUGCUUGGGUACCCUAACACAGUAUGAUGGUUGAGAAUGGAUACGGCGUUGCGUUCUGUUUUACUGAUAGUUUGUUAGAAUUCCGUUUUAGCCACGUUCUCUGUACUGGGGUUUGUUCGUGUGCAGGCCCAUUGCUACAGGGUACUAAUCGUGGUCCCUGGCUCUCUUUCUAAGUGACAGGUUUCCAUGGAACUCACAUCCUUUGUCGUGGGGUAAAGAACUGCAGAGUUCCUUGGGUGACACAAAUACUGCUUUUACUUCUGCUUUUGUUGUUUUCUUUCAACAGGCUCCCGGGAUGUGUAGAAAUAAGAAACUCGUACGGUUAAGAUUUCUGUUCUGCCAUUCGCUUGUUUGUCAUCCACUUGGAGAAAAUAAAUAAAUAAAAAAAUGAGUUUACAUGUUGUGUAAAUAAAAACUGAAAAAAGUUAAAUAACUUUGGAUUUGAACUGUAGCCUGAAGAUUUCAAUACAUUGAAAAUGCUGCACUAAAGUAUCUUGAUAGUCCUGUCUGAGUUGAAAUUGCAGUUCUUUUCUUUUUCCUGGUUUUUUAUAGUUUGCCUCCUGUGUUUACCUGUCCCAGUAGAAUUCUCUUUCUGUGUCUCUCUCUCUCUCUCUCUCUUUCUCUUGUUCAAGCAAAUUUUCCCUUCUUACUGCCUCUUUUUUGCUGUAGAUUUUAUUUUGGUCUCUGCAUUUACUGACUAAUAAAAAUGUGAAAUAAAGGAUGCUGUAUUGUUA